AUGAGCAGCGUGCGCGGACGCGGCGACGUCGCGCAGCCUACUGAUAGGCUACUGCUACUGAGUAGGCUGCGCGACGUCGCCGCGUCCGCGCCGAUUCUGGAGUCCGGAAUAACACAUGUCACAGGACACAUAUAUGAUUAUAUUUCCAACUGGUGUUGCGUGUUAAAGCACAAUGAGCAUCUACUGCAACUCGGGUCGGAAGAAGAGGAGAUACGGAGUGAUUUUGGUUAUCAAAAUUUGAAUGACGUAUUUUCGGGACAGGAGACACGAAUUUAUAAUGGGUUCUCUAGAUUAGUCAUACCCAGGUCUAUACCGUUGCGCAAACUGGACUGUAAAUACUACCAACAGGAUUACGUUAAAAGUUCUACACAAAACUUCGCUAAAUUGGUUCUAUCCGAACCAUUGAGGAAUACAACUGUGGCGCGGAAUUUUUCGCAUAUUCCGCUUACGGGCAAAUGGCUUACUACGGCACACACCUUUCCACCUGUUACUGUUACGCCAUGGUUCAGUUUCCCAUUUCAAACCUCGUACAACUUCUAUUAUGAUGUCAAAAAUCCGAGGUGUCCUCCUCCGGCACCCAAAACUAAGGGAGGAGAAAGCCCUUGCGGGAAUCAAAAAAAAGGUCCCGUUUGCCCCCCAACUACGAGCAAAGCUGACCCCUGCUCUAGAAAGUCGAAGCCUAAAUCGAAUCCAUGUCAACGGAGGAAGUGCACGUUCACUGUUCCUAUGAAAUUAUGCAGAUUCUACUCUACAAAAGCUUGCCCUCCUAGGAAGGGUGGUGGAAAAGGUUCUGUUUGUGGUGGUAGAAAAGGAGGAGCAGGAGGUGAUGAUAAACCUCGAGCUUGUCGCAGUAGAAAAGAAAAGGCAGGAGGUGGAGGGAAACCUCGAGCAUGUGGUAGCAGACAAGGAGGUGGUGGGAAACCACGAGCAUGUGGUAGUAGAAAAGGAGGUGGUGAUAAACCUCGAGCAUGUGGAAGCAGAAAAGGAGGUGGCGGGAAACCUCGCGCAUGUGGUAGCAGAAAGGGGGGUGGUAAUAAACCUCGAGCUUGUGCAAAACGUGGGUCAGGAGGUGGAAAACCUCGAGCCUGUGCAAAGAGAGGAGGUGGUAGUAAAAACCCAUGUGGUGGUAGGAAAGGCGGGGCAGGAAGAGGUAAAAACCCUGUAUGUGGUGGCAGGAAAGGUGGUGGAAGCAGUUCAAAUCCGUGUGCAGGGAGAGGCGGAGGUGGAAAGGGAGGCCACGCUGUACUCCCAGAGCGAAAAUGCGGUGGAGGAGAUAAAUCUAAAAAGCCCAAGUGCAGAAAUUAA